UUUUUUUACCGUUGAACUAGUGUGUAUGAAUAAAACCGCAGCCGCUCACUGUUAAUAAAUCCACGUUCUGCAGUAACCCUCGGAGAUCUUAUUUUCUUUAAUCUGGUCAUUACAGUAUUAACAUUCAUUUAUUUGGCAUACACUUUUGUCUAAUGUGGCGUACAACUGAUGAUAGUAAUACAUGAGUAAUUCGAGGAUGCAGCUUUAAUGGUGCUGAGGUAUUACGUUAACGGUUGAGCACAUCCGGUGGCGAUGUGCUCUGAGGCGCACUGCACCUCGGAAUCCAGUCGCAGCGUGGCUGGCUUGCGCGGCCAAAAUGGCGGCCGAGAGUGCAGCGGAGAGCUGUACUAGCGCUUCGUCCGCCACCUUCAAAUCCUCUCUGGACCGCCGCUUCCAAGCAGUGUCAAACACCGCCGACUCCAUUCAGGGGUUGUCUGCUUGGUGUAUAGAGAACAAGAAGCACUACAGCCUAAUCGUGCGGCACUGGAUGAAGUGGCUGAAGAAAUCGGCGGCUGCCCACAGGUUAAACCUGUUCUACCUUGCCAACGAUGUGAUCCAGAACUGCAAGAGGAAAAACGCCAUUGUGUACCGCACAUCCUUUGCUGAGGUGCUUCCGCAGGCAGCUCUACUGGUGCGGGAGUCAAAGGUGCGCAGGUCUGUGGAGAGGAUCCUGACUAUCUGGUCCGAGAGGAACAUCUACCCCCAGGAGCUGAUCUCGGACCUUAGAGCCAGCCUGGCUAACAAAGGGACCCCUGCAGUGCCAGUCAACCCCAAAGCCCCUCUAAAGGCCAAGAUUGUAGCAGAAUUUGUGCCACAGGCCUUCAGCCAGCAGCUUUCAGCAUACAGGAGCUCACAGCAGGUGGCCGAGCUGAAGGAGAAGCAGCUGGCUGCCCUGAAAAUGGACAUCUGCAGCACCAACGCCUUUAAGAGGCUAAAGGACAAGGAAGGUGGUAAGAAGUUUUCCAGGGACUUUGAGAAUGAUAAUAGAAAAGUACAGGAGUUUGUGGGCUUCCUCGAACAGCAAGUGAAGGAAGGGCACCACCUGCUGGAGUGGAUGAACAAUGCAGAUGUAUUCUAUGAAAUGCAGUACAGGGAGGUCAAGAUCAUCGCAAAAGCCUACACUUCCUUUGCCAGCCGUGUUUCAAACCUGAAGCAGAAGCUGGAUGCUCUCAAGUCAACACUUCCGAAUUUAGACAGCUCGCCUGUGCCCUCACCCUUGGAAGAUGCGCCAUCCCCCGCUGACUCUGAGUCACCUUCCCAUGGCAACGGUGAGGCAGUGCCAGAGCCAGUGCCCAGGGAUCGUGGGAGCCGCUGUGUCCUGGGAGGCGCCCUGUCAGCGGUUGGCCUUGCACAUGGGCAGUGGGACAAUAGGGAUGUGGAAGACAUGGAGCUGUGUGAGGGAGAGGAACCAGAGGGUACAUCUAUCAUAGUUGAGCGGCAUAUGGAGAAGCCACUCCCCAUGAGUGCUCAGACGUUACUGCCAGCCAGGGCGGCUAAAAGCACACAUGAAGCUCUGCCUCCCAGUGCCCCUGCACUGACAGCGCCCCUCAGCCUAGCCAACGUGGACCUGGGCAAGAUCAGCUCCAUCCUCAGCAGCCUCACCUCUGCCAUGAAGGGUGCUGGAAUGGGUUCUGUCCCUCUCCAGAGCCCCCAUUCUGCUCGUGGCCCUGCCCCCGCCCCUGCAGCAGGUGGCUCCCUGGCCAGCCUGCUGUCCCGCGUGGACACCAGCCCCCAGGGCCUCCUGAGCGCCCUCUCCAGGACACAGGGCCGUGGUGCCGAGCUGCAGGAUGUGCCGUCCCUUCAGCAGGUUCCAGCUGUGGGCUCCUCCCCUGUGGCCCCAAGCUCUGGGUCUGUGUCACCCCCAGUCAGCAGCAGCCACACUUCCCCUAAGGAUUUGUGUUCCCCAUCAGGUCGGGACUGUGCCGGGCCACUUGGCCUAGAACCCGGAGCCCCGGGUGACCAAGGCAAGGAGCAGGAGCCCAGCCCCGAUGGGUCAUCCCCUCCCUCAAAUCUGGAAGCCAAAAUACAAAAGUUCCUUCAAGGAAACCCUGGCUUUGCUCUGAAUGGGUCAGCCUUGCGUGGGGGGAGCCCAUUGCCUAUCGCUGAGAACGCAGAAGGCACCCCCCUGCGUGACGAAGAGGGAGGAACGCCCACGCAGGACGAGGAGAUGGAGCAGCCUGCCGCAGGGCUGGCCGGGCGAGGAGGUAGUGGCGCCCCUGCCUGGCGGGCAGAGUCCCAGCAGCAUAGCCAGAGCAUUGAGACGUGGGUUACCUCUGCUCCUAGCGUGGGGGCAGAAGCUGAAUGCAGACAGGUGGGCAUUUGGAGCAGCGGCUGCUCUGCGAAGGGUCUGUCUUCACUGGCUGCGCACACGGGACGGGGUGCUCCCCUACCUGUCCCAAAGCCCCCCUGUGAGGGAAGGCAGUCUGCAGCAUGCACAGGUGAAGCCCCACCUCAGCAUCCACCAUCUGCUUUUUUCAGCAAGCCACUGCCUCCGAUUCCCACACUGCCCCCACCACCCCUACAAUUCCUUUCCCGUCCUGCCCAGGGCCAGAAGUACGGCAGACCUACUCCCCCUAGAACAGAGCAGAGAGCCUAUGUGGGGGGUAGAAGCAGUGUGGUUCAUGGAGGCCCUCCUCCCUGGAUAGGCAGCGGUAUGGAAAGUGGUCAGGGGUGCCCCCCCCCUCCCACUGCCCUCUCCUGGCCUAGGGUCCCCCCUUCCCAGUUACCUGCCCGGUCCCCCGGGCCCCUUCACCCUCCCUAUGGAACACAUUCUGGGCCUACUUUACUCCCACCCAUGCGCUCUUAUUUUAGUGCCCCCCCCAAAAGGGGGCCACCUGACACCCCCAGGCGACCUUUCUUACCCCAUCAGCACUGAUACUUUCGGUGAAACCUCUGAGUAAAUGGAUAAUUAAAAAGAUAUAUUUGGGUGGAGUGAGCAGAGUUGCAGGUUUAGCUCAGGAAGCCUCACUUAAGAAUGAGUACUGCACACAUUUAGUUCCUGUUAUGCUGGACAGCCAAUGGAAAUGUCCUCCCACAGUGCCAUUAAAAAUUUCGAGUUGAAAAGCUUGGCACUUUUUAGAUUGGUACAUGUUUAUCUUGGUCAAUUGGGGGGGGGGGUGUUUAAACUCGCUUAGUCACACCCACAAACAGAGGCUUCAUUGCAUCUUUUCCAAUGCUGUUUGUGUGUCUGCAGCUCUGAGGUGCUCUGAUGUUGCGCUGCCACACCUGCAUGUGUAGGCAGCACCAGGCUAAUAUAAAGUUCAUCACUUACUAGCCAAACAUGUGUGAUUCAGCCUUAUCCAGUUUGGCCCCUUUGUCUAUGCCCUUCCCGUCAGGGCGAUCUCCUGACUUUGAAAGAAACUGAGACAGAAUGUGCAGUACUUGUGUGUUCACGUCAGACAUGGUGAAUUUGCACACCUGUUUCUCUGAUUUUUAUGAAAAGAAUCAUUCACUUUUAUAGUCUCUCUAAAAAUUGUUAUUGCAAUAUAUAAUUGCAUUUUAAAUUUAUUGAUUCUCAGUCGUGCCUUUUCAGCAAUUUCAUAAGUAUUUUUCUUGCCAUCCACAUUCAUGCUCCAGCUGGCAUCUGCAUGCCUUUAAGCUGGUGUCAUUACUGAAAGUGACAAAUUGGUAGGAAAGUACAGUGAAAUGCUGAAACAAGCCUCUUACUCCCUGCGUUAGUUGACUUAGGCAUUUUGCAGAGUCGCUGAUUGGUUCAGAGUAAGUGCCGCCUUUAACGGUACAAUUAAAGUGGCCCUAUUCUAGUAUGAGCCCCAGACAAUGUAAAUAUCUGACACCAUCAUGCUGUAUACUGAGUAGCUUUCCAGAGUGGUUGCUUUUUCCCUGCACAGAGCACAUUUACAGUACUACAAUAAAAAGGACCCUUGACAACC